CCUCUUAAAACAGGAAGACGAGCUGACCGAAACUCGAACUGGUAACAUGAUAACACCACUGACUAUAGUAGAUCUUUAUUAGCGGACUCUCCCGCCGAGCUCCAUCACCAGGAGGACAGAAAACGACCGGUUGGAUUAAACUCUCGCUCUAACGGCUUUGUCAACUCCCCGGUGCCUGAACAGCGAAACGACCACUGCGAGGAAAGCGGUGUUUUAGCUCGCUACGUUAGCUUGUUCGCUAACUUUAACAAACGUCCCGAUUUCUCACAGCUGGUUGGGUUGCGCAAGACAGCUAGCAAGUCUGCACCUUUUCAACACCCUUGAACAUUUCAUCAUGGGAUCCAGAGCGUCAACGUUACUCAGGGAAGAGGAGAUCGAAGAAAUUAAAAAGGAGACCGGCUUCUCCCACAGUCAGAUCACUCGCCUGUACAGCCGCUUCACCAGCCUGGAUAAAGGGGAAAACGGCACCCUCAGUCGAGAAGAUUUCCAGAGGAUCCCGGAGCUGGCAAUCAAUCCGCUGGGAGACAGAAUCAUCAAUGCUUUCUUUCCUGAGGGAGAGGACCAGGUAAACUUCAGGGGUUUCAUGCGGACCUUGGCUCACUUCAGACCGAUCGAGGACAACGAGAAGAACAAAAACGCUGCGGCCACUGAGCCACUCAACAGCAGGACAAACAAGCUGCUCUUUGCUUUCCGUCUGUAUGACCUGGACAGAGAUGACAAAAUCUCUCGGGAUGAGCUGCUGCAGGUCUUACGGAUGAUGGUUGGUGUAAACAUUUCAGACGAACAGCUUGGCAGCAUUGCUGAUAGGACCAUACAGGAAGCUGACACAAAUGGAGACAGCUCCAUUUCCUUCAAUGAAUUCAUCAAGGUGUUGGAGAAGGUGGACGUGGAACAGAAAAUGAGCAUCCGGUUCCUGCACUAAACUGCUGUCCUGCUUCUGUUUUUUUUUUUUUAAAUAUUGAGUAGAGCUUCAACAACCUCAUCCAGCUUCUCAGCAGGCUGCUGUGGCCCACACUACGAGCACACGCUGUCAGACCGAGCAUUAGGUAGAUGAUGUCAGAUCCUGAGUUUCUGCCUUUGCACUGCUCUGUGAACAAAGGGAAAAGUUGCGUGCCUUGGGUUGUUUUAUGCAAUGUCUCUGUCUGGUUGUUUUUUCCCAUUAAUGUAAUGUUAUUUAUUCAAAAUCUUUUUAGAGCGUCACAGUUGGUGCCUCUGCAGUUCCACUUUCACAUGAAAAAUAAUUUUCUAGCGGUACGAUAGCUUUUUGCUGUUGUGGUGAGUAAGUUAAUUUUAAGUUUACUCAUGCUGUUCCGUGGAUAUCUAGCACCCGCUUUGUCUUGGUCUGUAUGCAUAUGCAUUAACAUGACAGUGAAACUUGUAAGAUGUGGAAUUUAAAACACACAGUGUUUUUCAUGCUGACAGGAGCUUCUGACUCUUUUUCUUUGACUUGAGGCAGAGCAAGUCAGAGCAGCCAGACAGGCAAGUUUGUCCCUUGAAGCAAAGCAGGACAUAUUCUACAGAUUUUUGCGUUUCCCUCACUGAAGUGCCAUGACUAUAUGGUUCUCCUUAAGUAAGUUAUUACCUGAACAGUAAACGGGAACCUUUAGUCAUGUUUGUGUUUAUUUGUUUCAUAUGGGUUAACCUAGCUACUGCCAAGAGAUUUUAAUGACCUGUGUUCAAAUGUUGGACUUCAACCAAAGCGAGCUUGUCUGUCUUUCAAAGCCACUAAUCACCCAGGGCCUGCUGGUGCCGCUGCUGAUUUAACAUGUGAAUCAUGUGAUAUUUAAGGAAUAUCUUGUUCAUUUUACACCUACAAACUGUGGUGGUAAUAGUGAAGAUUCUGCACAAAUUGCUGCAAUCUGUUUGGCUAGUGUCCGUGUCUUCCACUGCACGUGUUCUGACAAGUGACCGUAGUGCUUUUCCAAAAUGGUAUCAGUAGAUUUUAGCUGCCACUGUGUGCUUUCAAGUAAUUUUUUUCCCCUGUUUGAGUCUUAAUGAAGACCCGUUUAACAGUGUCAGGCCCUGUAAUGGAAAAUGGGCUGUGGAAACGUUAGUAGGCUGAAAACAGGUAAACUCAACAUGAUGUGCUAUGCUUCUAUUUAAUGUAUAUGAUUAGUGUCCCUGUGAGUAAGAAAAAAUGUUUUGUUUAUUUAAGCUCAGCAUUUGUCUUUGAAUUUCUUUCCUCACCGACUAAUUCUAUAUGCUAUAGAGUAUCACAUGCAUUCAAAAUCUAUUUUGUGUACAGGCUUAAAUGUGUCUGACCGUUUAAUCUUCAAUGUGAGUUUGUGAAAUCAUUGCAAAGACACCCUCCAGCAGCAGAGUGCAGGAAACACAAGUUGACCAUUUUAUGAAUGAUUACGUGAUUAUCAAUCAGACAUGAUUCAGAUGUUAUGUGGUGUUGGUUUAGGUAUUAUCAAAGUGAUUCAUGAAUUUGAUUUGAAUAAAAUAAGUGCCAUGCUUGCAUUUUUGUCA